CCGGGGGAGGAGCCGGGAGGGGAAAGCCGGGAGCGGGGAGUGGGAAGCGGGGCUGCUCCGCCGCUGGUUGCCGUCCGGGAGCGGGCACCGGAGCAGCCCCCCGAGUCAUGGCCGCGCCUCGGCAGGAAGAGGGCUGGGACCCCCCAGUCGCAUCCGCGCAGGCACCGGUGACAUUCGAGGACGUGGCAGUGCGGUUCUCAGCAGAGGAGUGGGAGCUGCUGGAGGAAUGGCAGCGGGAGCUGCACCGGGAGGUGACAGAGGGGACAUCCCAGCUGCUGGCAUCCCUCGGGCCCCCCAGCAGCCCGGCCCUCGCUGCCCUGGUGCGGCUGGUGAAGGAGAUCCCCGAGUUUCUCUUCGGUGGCCCCAGGGCUGAUGUGGAGCCGGGUGCCACCACCAGCGGGAACACUGAGCGGAUGGGCGUCAAUGUUACAAUGGAGAUGCCAUCUGAGAGCUGCCCGCUCCGCAGCCUGGAGAGGUGCCUGGAGGAGCUGGUGGGGAGAGGGUCUGGCCCCUCUGUUCCCCCAGCAAGCAGCCUCUAUGGCCCCACUGAGAGGCAUCAGGAAGAGCCGGGUGGCCACCAGCCUCUGUGUGAGAGGCGCUCACUCAGAGCAUGGCAGAGCAUGGCACAGCAUGGCGUGACAGGGCUCGGUGCUGGUUUCCAGCAUCUGCACUGGCAAUGGGAUGGAGCUGCCUGGACCCCCGUGCUCGGGGGUUCAGAUACCACUGGAUGUCCCUCAUGGCACCACUGCUGGGGAGGCAGCGCCCUGCGACAUGGGCUGGAACAGGGGGCUCUGCCGCAGCCCCAUGCUGAUGGCUGGUGAGGGCUUGGGGGGGCCCUGGGGGUCUAGGGGGGAUCCUCUCAAAGGGGUCUGGAGGGGAUCUUGGGGCAUCUCAGGGUGUCCUGGGAGGUCUCAGGUAGGUCCUAGAAGGUCUCAAGGAGUCCCAGUGGGUCCUGGGCAGCCCUGGAGGAAGCAGUGCUGGGGCUGGGGUCCCACAGUGGGACGUGGGGCAGGAUUCAGUCCCUGUGGGGCAUGUAAGGAUGGGGAGGGGAGUGCUGAGUCCCAGUGUCCUGGGUGGGGAAUGCUGCCCCUGGGGAGCAGGGGCUUCCCUGUGAGUCUGGGCUCUGGGGGGCUGAUCCCUGGCGG